AUGAAGCCAUUGUAUAUUCUCGUGCGAAACCAAGAUUACGAGUACAGACCAAAUGAAUCAACUGGCUGGCUUAAUAUUGGAUCCAUUUUGACCAAACCGACGGAACCGGAGUCCCUGCUAGAAGGCUAUUCAAUCACAACCCCUCAUGACGACGUACCAAUCAAAUCUACCUGGAAAGUAGAUUUCCGAAGCGAAGACGAAAAGCGCAAGUCUCGAGGAUAUGGAAUCUCCGCAGACCUGUUCAAAACCUUACCCGUUCCCAUUGAGUUGAAUGCCACUAGGUCUAAUGAGAGUACCACUGUGAAUGAGAUUGGCGCCAAGCGACUCGAAACAUACAUUAUGACACCCACAACAGCAUACCUUGAUCAAGUUCUGAGUACACCACCUGUUCAGGAGUACCUCCGCAAACACAAAUACUUCACUAGCUUGUACAUUGUGACUGGGAUCAGAGUUGCAAGACAUGGUAGCGGAUCAAAGGCAAACAGCCAUUCUAGCAAAAUUCAGCUAGGCGCCAGCAUUGAUGCCGGUGGUAUUUCAGGGGCUCCAGGCAUAUUGGAUGUUGGACCUAACUUCGGCCGCACGAAGGAAAUAAAGAGGAGGGAGGAAUGGACGACAUGUUCAGAUUAUAUCUAUGCCUAUCGAGUUGCAAAGAUCAAACAAUCUUUGAGGGGAAACGGUCCCAAAUUGACACAUCACAAGGGAGAAUUAUACAGCCUAGACCUUGACUUCGAGGAGCAGAACUGGUCGGAUGAACAUAUUGACCGUGGGGUUUAUGUGGAGGAUGAAGAAUGGGCUAAGGCUGAUGCCUUACCCAUUGAUAAGGAUGACGAUGGAGAUGAGCCAUGUAACAUGAUGUUUAUGUAA